AAGAAACAAGUGCCAAAAAAUUUUCAAUUGAUAAGGGCAGCAGUAUUUCAGUUAUUGCAUUUUAAUUUCUGCUGAAGAAUGCUUGCGGACGUGGAUGUAUUCAUAUCCAACUAUACAUUAGUGGACCCAGAAAUAUACCAAUUAUGGAUAGAGGGCUUUUCGUCGAGCGAAGCCGUCUGCUACUUGAAACAGAAGGGAUUCGGCAGCAGUUUUGGCGCACCAAUUGAUCUUAUCGCCUCCGAAGUGCUCGACCAUUAUCGGACCUACUCUCUGAUAGAGCGUUUGCUUCAUGCACCAACUAAAUUGUUGGAACAAUCGUGUUUUCAGUUGGAGCCACAAACGCGAGAUUUUAUUAUUGAAAAGUAUUACUCCAUCGAUGACUUAGUUGCACGUGAAAUUCUAGGCAAGAAAUUGUCAAGUCGUUAUAGGAAAGAUCUGGAUGAAGUGUCGGAAAAGACUUGCGUUAAAUUGAAGUCAUGCAGACGACAAUUUGAUAACGUUAAACGUAUUUUUAAAGCUGUGGAGGAAUUACCAGGCAAUAUCACAAACAAUAUUAAACAACUAUUUUCCGUGUCCGAUGAGUUGGCAAAAAAAUACGCUUCAAUUGUUUUUCUUGCCUGUCUCCGUUUUGAAACUUCCAAAAAGAAGCUGCAAUUCUUGGCCUUCUCCGACUUGUUUGCUUGCUCACAAGCUAUUAUGAUCUACUGGACCUAUACCUAUCAACACUCAGGCCCCGAAUAUUACGAUACCGAAAUGGACAAAGAAUUUCUGUUGGAUUUGCGUGAGUUGCGUUGCUUGCUCGACAAGGAGAAGGAAAUUAAACAUCUUGUUUGCCUGCGAUUGAAGCCAGUGCUGUUGGAACGUGCUUACUUCGAGCUGGAUACGAAUUUCCGCUCCUAUUGGCGUGCAUUUAUUACCAUUGCUUGUAAUUUGCAUCGAAAUCGUGAAUUACGUGACUUGUUUUUGGAUUUGUGUGAAAAAUUGAUAGAACCGUGGCGUCAAAGUGGUUGGAGUAAAGAGCAAGUAAAUAAAUUUGUGUCAGCCAUAACACAAAGCGUGUUGGAUUUAGAAAUUUCGCGAGAUCAAGAGACGCGUUGUCUGUGGGAUCGUUACAUGCAGGUCAUUAGUAUUUGUUUGGAUCACAUGUUUCAUAUUUAGUGAAAAUAUUACGCAGCAUUUAUAUGUUAUUUAAAAUAUUUUGUCCUUUUUGUUUUCCUAUACAAAAAAGUUCGUUUGCCAUUGCUUGCUCAAGUUAUAUGCAUUGAGCUAAAAAGCGCAAUUUACCCGUUUUACAAAAUUAAGCGCAGCAUCAUGACAUUUAUAAAAUUGUAUUUUAAUUUAUUAAAAACACUUAAUAUUUAAAAUAAAAUCAAACAUAACGUACAUGUGAAUGUAUUAAUGAA